AUGACUUGGCCUACCUUCCUAGCUAAGCAUCCUGCUUAUCUCCGUUACGUUCGUGAAGUUGCUUCUGGAGAACUUGUGAUGCCGGAAUACGAACGGGAUCAGAAGAACCGUUUGAUUUUGCAGGUUGGCGAGCAAUAUUGUCGCUAUCCAGGGUGUACUGUCAGCGGUCAUCCUUACCGGACUGGAAACUUGCGAAAGCAUGUAGGCCGUCACAGUGAAGAUCUGCAAGUUGCCGACGGUGUCAUCGGUCGGAUCAGUUAUAUCGAACAGGAGAAAAUUCGAGCUUGGUACAAUUCUCUCUUUGCUUCCGAUCCGGCCCCGUCGUCAACCUCCCCCUCGGUCGCAAUUUACCGCAGUUCAAAUCGCAAUAUGAACCGCAAGAUUAAUCGCAGUACCAAUCGCAAUACCAAUCGAAAGGCCAAUGCCUGA